UGACUGGAACGGUGGUUGAAUAGUUGUAGAUCCGAUGCGUUGGAUUUGACACACCCUGUGUAAACUUUAGACCGGUAGUUCUUGAUCUGCAAUAUAGGCGGAUAUACUGACCUAAUUGCACAACGUUUUGCGAGACGUUUUCUAGAAAGGAGCUGCAUCGAACUGUAUUAGCACAAGUAUGGCUUCGGAUCUGCCAGUUCUCCUUGCAGCAGUGUCGACACUGUCUGCUGUUCACCUGGUGUUUCAGGCAAGACGUGUGGGGUGGUCAAGGAUGAAACAUAAAAUUCUGCCACCCUCUGUUACGGGACCACCUGAGUUUGAAAGGACAUUUCGUGCACACCAGAAUAGUGUAGAGAUGUAUUCUGUUUUCUUGCUGGUGAUGUGGAUCUCUGGGAUCUUUUUAAAUGAAGUGCUUGCUGCUCUUGGAGGAGUUCUGUAUAUUGUGGGGAGAGAGAUGUACUUUAUUGGCUAUAUCCGUGAAAGCAAGAAAAGGUUGCCAGGGUUUUACUUGGUGUUGUGUGCCCUGUUAUUCCUAACUGUGAUGUCUACCAUUGGAAUUAUUCAUUCAUUUUUGGACAAAUAUCUCAACAUCACACUUCUCUCAUGAAAACUUUCAAAACAGUUUUCACCAAUUUAUGAAACAAAAGGCAUGUAAAAUGUAUACUUACAUUAUGCAUGUUUGAGAUAAACAUGAUGUGUUUAAAUUUUAUGUCAGUUUAAUCUCAUUCAAAAAGUUUAUUACAUUAUUAAUUCAGAGCACCCAGUUAUAAACUCACUAAAUUCAUACAUGUCACUUUUUGAAAGCGUGAUCUUUAGUGGACAUCAUUUGGACUGAACUGGAAUACUACUAUAUUUUGUAAGUUCUUACCAAAAUUUUGUUCUUCAGACCUAGAGUGUCAGACAGAAUCAGCAUAUCUGUGCUGAUUCCGGUCAAGAGGGAGAACUGGGUGUUCUUAUGAUGCAUAUUGUCUUGAGGAACAUUAAAGCUUUAUUUUUUUGUCAUCCCAUCCUUUGCAUUCACAUUUAGAGUAUUUCUGAGCAUGUUCGAACUUAUAAGUUGAAUUUCAAAGGAAUUAAUAAGCCAAUAAAGCUCUUAAAUCUUUU